AUGGGUGACCUAUACCCACGUGGGUAUGAGUAUGAGGGUAAAUCCAUACCAACCAAUCCUGAGGUCCUGAGCGGCGUGCGGCGCUUCUCCAAAUCUCCCAUCCUAUCGACUCACGUUCCUGCGUUCGAAACCCUAUUUCCGUCCGAGGCGGCGGCGGCGGCGGACCGGCAGCUCCCCGCUCGGCUUGUAUUGGGCGGCUGUCGCGCUGCAGCAGCCAGGGGCAUCGUCGCGCUCGCACCAACCGAAGACGGCGUCGGCCUCCACGCGGCACCGACGACCGACCCACCGUCCCAAGCCGACAAGGGCGGCAGCAACAAGGGCACGCCGGGCGGCAAGGGGUGGCAGGAGAUCGGCAUCAUCGAGGAGGAAGGGCUCAUGGACGAGGAGGACCACACGCGUAUCGUGCCCCACAAGUGCUACUGCUUCCUCGCCUUCCUGCUCGGCUUCGUCGCGCUCUUCUCCUUCUUCGCGCUCGUGCUCUGGGGCGCCAGCAGGUCCCAGAAGCCGCGCAUCGUCAUGGGCACCAUCCGCUUCGACAACUUCAUCAUCCAGGCCGGCACCGACGCGUCGCUCGUGCCCACCGACAUGGCCACCACCAACUCUACCGUCAGAUUCACCUACCGUAACAGGGGCACCUUCUUCGGGAUCCACGUCACCGCCGACCCGUUCCAGCUCUCCUACAGCCAGCUCACGCUCGCGUCAGGAGACCUCCACAACUUCUACCAGCCUCGCAGCAGCAGCCGCACCGUCAGCGUCGCCGUGGUCGGCAACAAGGUGCCGCUGUACGGCGGCGGGCCCACGCUGACGGCGGCGCCGGCGGCCGGGGGCAAGGGGCAGCAGCAGGCCAGCGCCAAGGUGGCGUCGGUGCCCAUGGUGCUGAGGACCACGCUGCACUCGCGGGCCUACGUGCUGGGCGCGCUGGUCAAGCCCAAGUUCACGCUCGCCGUCGAGUGCAGGGUGCUCAUGAACCCAAACAAGCAGAACAAGCCCAUCUCGCUCCGGAACGCCUACCACUACUCAUGAUAUAUUUAGCCUCUCAUACUAGCUGCUCAACAUCACCAUGCCCAUGCAUCCAUCUCCUACCUACCUCUCAAUUGUACUGUAAUGGAGUAUUUAUUGAUUUAUUUAUGCUUUGCUUCGUCUUCUCUUCUC